CUUCCCAGCCCUCCCUCCGUGCUCGGCCCACAGUGGAAGCCCAAAGAGGGCUCUGUGCCCGGCCCAAUGAGGAUGCUACUGACCAUCCUGGCUGUGGGAUCCCUGGUCGGUGACGUUGCUGAGGACACCUUGGAUCUUCUUCAGCACGUCAAAUUCCAGUCCAGCAACUUUGAAAACAUCCUGACGUGGGACAGCGGGCUGGAGAGCGCCCCAGACACGGUCUACAGUGUCGAGUACAAGACGUACGGAGAGAGAGAGUGGCUGGCAAAGGAGGGCUGCCAGCAGAUCACCCGGAAAUCCUGCAACCUGACCGUGGAGACCGGCAACGUCACAGAGCUCUAUUACGCCAGGGUGACCGCCACCAGCGCAGGGGGCCGGUCAGCCACCAAGAUGACCGACCGCUUCAGUUCACUGCAACACACUACCAUCAAACCACCUGAUGUGACCUGUAUCCCCAAGGUGAGAUCCAUCCAGAUGAUUAUCCAUCCCACCUCCACGCCCAUCCGCACAGGGGACGGCCGCAGGCUGACCCUGGAGGACAUCUUCCAAGAUCUCUUCUACCGCUUAGAGCUCCACGUCAACCAGACCUACCAAAUGUACCUUGCAGGGCCGAAGAAAGAAUACGAGUUCAUGGGCCUGACCCCUGACACGGAGUUCCUUGGGACCAUCACGAUCUCUGUUCCAACCUGGUCCAAAGAGAGCGCCCCCUACGUGUGCCGAGUGAAGACGCUGCCAGACCGGACAUGGACCUACGCCUUCUCAGGUGCCAUCCUGUUCUCCACGGGCUUCCUCGUCGCAGGGCUCUGCUACCUGAGCUACAGAUAUGUCACCAAGCCGCCUUUGCCUCCCAACGCCCUGGACGUCCAGCGUGUCCUGACCUUCCAGCCUCUGCAGUUCAUCGAGGAGCACAUCCUAAUCCCCGUCUUUGACCUCAGCGGCCCCGGCGGUCUGACCCAGCCUGUCCAGUACUCCCAAGUCAAGGUCUCUGGGCCCAGGGAGCCCCCAGGAGCCCCACGGCAGCACAGACUGUCUGACGUUGCCUACCUUGGGCAGCCGGACAUCUCCAUCCUCCAGCCCGCUGGAGUGACACCUCACCAGACACUCUCCCCCCUGUCCUAUGCCCCGCAGGCUGUCCCUGACGUCAGGCCCCCAUCCUACGCACCUCAGGUGACCCCAGAAGCUACACCCCCAUUCUACACUUCACAGGCCAUCUCUGAGGUCCAGCCUCCCUCCUACACCCCUCAGGCCACUCUGGACAGCUGGCCUUCUUCCUAUGGGAUAUGCGUGGAAGGCUCCAGCAAGGACUCUCCACCUGUGACACGCUCUGGUCCCAAACACCUCGGGUCUCUAGAUCAACUCCAGAAAGAGUCACUAGCUGGAAGCUGUAUCUCAGAUGGCCUUUCCCUGCAGGGGGUGACCUCCUUGGCUAUGGAGGACCCCCAAGAACCAAAAUCCUUCCAGCAGCAUCUGGGGGUUCACACGGACAGCACACCUGACCCUGAUGUGCUACACAGAGGGGAACCAGGGCCAGCAGGGUACCUAACGAGCCAGCUGCCCCUCCUCUCCUCUGUCCAGAUCGAGGGCCACCCCAUGUCCUUCCCUUUGCACACUCCUUCCCUCCCAUGUUCCCCUACAGACCUGGGUUCAAGUCCCUGGGGCCUGCUGGAGUCCCUCGUGUGUCCCAAGGAUGAGGAUCCAGUGUCGGAGACUGAGGCCAAGAGCCUAGCCCCUCGGGGCUCAGAGCUGGAGCAGCCUGUGGAGCUGGACUCUCUUUUCAGAGGCCUGGCCCUGACCGUGCAGUGGGAAUCCUGAGCGGAGAAUGGGCAGGCCUGGGGCUUCUUCCUUGUCCCCAUCCCAAUAUCACAUCCGUAGCCAUCACUCCCACGCCCAACCAGGCUGCACACUCUGCAUCCCAGCCUCAGGUGGGUGCCCUGGAGAGAACCAGAGGCAGGCAGACGCUGGGCCCUGCCAUGGCUGAGCUCCCGUUGGAGCAAAAAGACAUGAUGGGCACUCCAGCCAGAAGAGUUCCAGGAGUGCUUCGUGUGCAAGUGAGCAUGUGCAAAUGUGUGCACACAGAGCCCUGCAGGGCGUGACAGGACAGUCAGAGUGUGGAGAGUCAACGCAGGGAGACUUCGGGCCCCAGGGCCCCAGCUCCCUGUACGCUGGACACAAAGUUCUCCGGGAGCCCACCUCGCUUCCCCCAUUCCCGGCCAGUUUUGUAAUCUAGUGUGACAGAGAGUGAGGUCUCUGCCUCCUCUGUGAUUCCCCAAAGGUGAGAAAAGGAGUCUAGAAAAGGACGCCUCAUAGCAGGCUGGGCAGAACCAGAACAACCUGCACGUCUGCCAAGGCCAGAGGCUGCAAGACGGCGAGACUCCAGGGCGGGGCGCGGCCUGGGGUUCACUCCCAACCAGGCUACUGCCUGACGCUGCACCAUUUCAACUUCAUUCCUCUGCCAGAGGCUUUGCCCCGAGUGAAAUGCAGGUCCAACUGGGAGGGAGAACAUAGAAGCCUUUUCUGCCGGCAGCCAUUUCAGACCCUGUCUGGAGAGACGGGUUUAAAAGGAACAGGGCGCCCCCCGGCCUUGGAAGGAGACACAGCAACAAACUGUGCUUCCUUCAUGAUUUUAGAAACCCAGCCGUGGGUUCAGCCCAUCUGGGUUCAAGUUCCAACCACACUACUGACUGGCUGUGGGACUUCAGGCAAAUGAAUCAGUGUUCAAAACCUCAGUUUUCUCAUCCGUAAAGUGGGGAUGAUAACACCUACCUCACUGGGUUGCGGUGAGGAAGAAAUCACAUGGUGUCUGUAAGGGCUUAAUGGUGUCUGGCACAUGGGUGGCGCCCAAUAAAUGUAGCUACUUCC